GUAAAGAGAGAUCCUAUGUGAGGUUUGAUGAUGAGCAUUUCCAAGGAUUUCAUCGGAUCGAAAUCAGAAUCAUAAGACUGGGAAAAAAUGGCAGCUAAUAUGAUGAGACCGGCGUUUGCUUACACUGUUGUGUACGUGAAGGACGUAGCUAAAUCUGUAGAAUUCUACUCUAGAGCUUUUGGUCACAACGUCCGUCGUCUUGACGAAUCCCACAGGUGGGGGGAGCUAGAGAGCGGGCAAACCACGAUAGCGUUCACACCGCUUCACCAGCAUGAGACCGACGACCUAACCGGGAAGGUUCAGGCUACGCAGUCAGCACGUGAAAGAGCACCCAUCGAAGUCUGCUUCUGUUACCCUGAUGUUGAUGCCGCUUUCAAGAGAGCGGUGGAGAACGGUGCGGAGGCAGUGAGCAAGCCGGAAGAUAAAGAAUGGGGGCAGAAGGUUGGAUACGUGCGAGACAUUGACGGCAUUGUUGUACGCAUCGGAAGCCACGUUAAGUGAAUUCAAAAUAAAGACUCGUAAAAUAUGAUCAUUAACUAGUCUAUAUACAUAUGAAUAAAUAUUACAAGAUACUUUGGUACCUUUGUUAAUUAUGGUUGAUGUCUUGAUGAAUAUAUUUACUUAAAGCAACAUGUAAAGUAAAAAGAUAUACAAAGUGUCCAGCCUAGUCCCCACA